AAUGGUUGAUGUGAUGGACGAUAACAUCUGUAGAAUAUGUUUUCAUCGACAAGAUACAUUAUUUUCACUAUUUCGCAAAAUUAAAGGAUCAUCUCCAUAUGAAAAACUUGUGAAGAAGACUCAACUUAAAAUCGAGUUAAACGACACUGGGCCGGCUUCUAUUUGCUCCCAAUGCCUGAUAGAAUUAGAUACAACAGUAAGCUUUCUAGAAAAGUGUGAAAAAUCCAAUCAUAUACUCGCCGCGAAGCUUUCUCAGUCAAUAGUGUUGGGUGACGUGAAAACAAAUGUCUCUGCCGUUAGACACGAAGAAACAUUAUUUCAUGACUCCUCUGAACAUAAAUACAGCGAAAAGACGGAAUUUCCAAUUGAUUAUGACAUAGAAGACAAUAGUUUUACUCAAACGCCUAUUGAAAUCGAGCCGGCAAAAUGUUCCGAGUGCGGUUCUCUGCGGCGCUGUAAGCACUGGGCGCCUCCAACUUCCUUCAUCUGCCAGUACUGCAGUAAAGUUUUUACAAGAAAAUUCAACUUCAAACUUCAUCUGAAGCGUCACUUAGGAGAGAAGGACUGGCCAUGCACAACCUGUGGUGUACGCUUGCUGACUCGCUGGCUGGCCCAACGCCACUGCGCUCCCAAGCCACGGCGCUCCUGUCCGGUGCCAGGCUGCGGCAAAACAUUCACCACCAACACUAAUCUCACCACACAUAUGAGAGUGCAUAGUGGGGAGAGACCUCAUGUUUGCACAGAGUGUGGGAAAAGUUUCACCAGCAAGAAUACCCUCAAUGAUCAUUUUAGGAUACAUACAGGCGCAAAACCCUACAUCUGCCCAGUAUGCGGGCGGCGCUUCACCACCAACAAGCUGGCCGCACACUUGCGCACGCACUCGGGCGCGCGGCCGCACGCGUGCCCGCUGCCCGCGUGCCCACGCGCGUUCCGCACGCGGCGCGCGCUGCGGUUGCACGCCGCCACGCACGCGCCGCCCGCGCGGGCACACGCUUGCACGAUGUGCGAGGCUGCGUAUAAUCAUAAGCAGUCGCUGAGGAAGCACAUGAGGCAGAGACAUGCGCAGGAAAAUCAACCCUCAGAAAGCGUUUAAGAAUUCACCAUCGUAACCACGGUAAAAAAGGAUUUACGGACUAUACCAAAGCUA